GCUGGCCAUGGAGGCGUCCAGCGAGCCGCCGCUGGAUGCUAAGUCCGAGGUCACCAACCAGCUUGUAGAUUUCCAGUGGAAACUGGGUAUGGCUGUGAGCUCAGACACUUGCAGAUCGCUUAAGUAUCCUUAUGUUGCAGUGAUGCUAAAAGUGGCAGAUCGUUCAGGCCAAAUAAAGACCAAGUGCUUUGAAAUGACGAUUCCACAGUUUCAGAAUUUCUACAGACAGUUCAAGGAAAUUGCUGCAGUUAUUGAAACUGUGUGAAGAUGGAUUAUUUGGUUGGUAAACUGCUAUCAUUCUAAAGUCAUGGACUUCACUUUCUGCAACAAAACCAUAUAAGAAUGAAACCUGUACCGAAUGAAAAAUGUACUUUUGCUUUUCCAUUUUUUUAAAUAAUAAAAAAAAAUCCAACAG